CAUCGCAACAUUAAGGUAAGCAACCGAGGCUAAAGAGAGCACCAAAGAAUGGUAGAAAGAAGUCCGGAAGAUCUCAGACCAAUUGACACCAUUCGACGAUGCUGAUGAGCAGCUUCUCACGCGCUGAAGUCGACUUGUCGCCUAUCGUCCGGAUGGGAUGACGUCAUUUUUGUCAGAUCUUAGCCGUACUUUUGCCUACGGAGAAUUCAUAUCAUCAAGAUGUGUCGCAGAUUGAUGGAACUUAGGGUGCGCUAGUUUCUCGGCUUCAUCAAACUGACGGAGGAAUUCGAAACAUGUGUGCCCUUUGGGGGAGGGGACGCAUGUAUAUUGGCGAGAUGGUUUAGAUGAAAAGGACGCUCUACCUACCUCUGUCGCUUUCGCGCUUUCGACAAGACCUCGAUAUCUGAUCAUCAUGCUGUCAAACAUCAUGAACCGGUUGGCUUUGCCGUUGGCCAUCUUCGCAUUCUUCUUGUCUUUUGCCAAUGGUCUUCCCCAUGAAGCACGCGACGCGCUCGUUGCGCGGAAGACGACCAGCCUCCGCAUCUUGCCUCUAGGUGACUCAAUCACCUGGGGUUUUAUGAAUGGCGCUGGUACGAACGGAUAUCGUCAGCAACUGCUCAAUGACUUGAAGGCCUCUGGCAACACCGUCGACUUCGUCGGCACGCAACAGUCUGGAACGAUGGCCGAUAAAGACAACCAAGGCUUCCCCGGAUACACGAUCUCACAGAUCCGCGGUGUUGUUGCCGGCGGUCUUGCAUUCAAGCCAAACGUCGUCUUGCUCCAUGCCGGCACCAACGACCUGAACCGUGGAAACCCUGCUUCGGAACCUGAUGCUGAUGCGCCGAGACGACUUGGACUUUUGAUCGAUGAUGUUUUGAAGGCAGUUCCGAAUGCGGUUGUUAUCGUGGCUAAGAUUAUCCCGUCAAAGCAGUCUGGUCUUAAUGCGACGAUCAAGACCUUCAACAAUGCGUUGCCUGCUAUCGUUGCUGCCAGAGUCAGCAAGGGAUCAAAGGUUUCGAUUGUCGAUAUGAAUGUACUCAACUCAAACAGCGAGCUGAGCGAUAACUUGCAUCCGAACGCUGCGGGCUACUCGCGGAUGGGCGACAUCUGGAAUGCUGGAAUCAAGGCUGUUGCAGACUCAAUCCCUGCACCUGCUUAGCUCUACUCGUUUUUGGACUCAUGAGGCUGGUAUGUCAGCGUAUGACGGCAAUGGUAGAGUAGGACGCGAAGUGCAGUUCAAUUCAUGCCUCAUUCCAUCACUCCGGCCUUUCUGAUGACCCCAUUUCCAUCCAUAUCUUCUCAUUUACAAUAUGCCCCAGCUUCCCCACGACGCUACGUCGAUCCCCGUGCUCCGGUACCACCUGUCGUGCGAAACGUCGGUCGGGUUGGUCAAGCAAUCUCAAGCCUUUAGCCGAAUGCGGGAUCAGCAAAUUAGUUCCGC